UUCCGUUGACGUUACCGUUUUUGGAUUACAUAAUACAGCACCAUACCCACAGCCCCCUCUACAAAUUGGAAUUCUCCUCCUUCAUUGUUAAUAUGCCAAUCAAACCAAUGAAGUUCUCUUCUUUCUUUCUCUGGUCUCUCCUUAUCUUCUCCAUCACAUCUCUCAAUGUUUUGACAGCAGACGCAUUCACGGGGACAUAUGGAGUAAACUAUGGCAGAAUAGCAGACAACAUACCUUCACCCCAAAGUGUGGUGACACUUCUCAAAGCUGCAAAGAUAAAAAACAUUAGAAUCUAUGACGCUAACCAGGAUGUCCUCAAGGCCUUCAAAGGAUCUGGCAUUGAGAUAGUGGUUGGACUCGGAAAUGAAUUCCUGAAAGACAUCAGUGUAGGCGAGGAUCGUGCCAUGAAUUGGAUAAAAGAAAAUGUGCAGCCUUUCCUUCCUGGAACUCCUAUACGUGGAAUUGCAGUUGGGAAUGAGAUCUUGGGAGGCGCGGAUGUGGAGCUCUGGGAGGUGUUGCUGCCUGCAGUAAAGAAUGUUUACAGUGCACUUGAUAGAUUGGGUUUGACCAAGAAGGUUGAGGUCUCAAGCCCACAUUCAGAGGCUGUCUUCGCCAAUUCCUUCCCUCCAUCUUUGUGUAAUUUCAGGGAAGAUAUUCUUCCAUUCAUGAAGCCACUUUUGCAGUUCUUCUCGGAGACUGGUUCUCCUUUUUACAUAAAUGCUUAUCCAUUCUUGGCCUACAAGAGUGACCCUGAGCAUAUUGAUCUCAAAUAUGCUCUCUUCCAAUCAAAUCCUGGAAUUUAUGAUGCAAAGACUAAGUUACACUAUAGUAACAUGUUUGAUGCACAGGUUGAUGCGGCUUAUGCCGCCUUAGAAAAGGUCGGGUUUCACAAGAUGGAGGUCAUAGUUUCUGAAACUGGCUGGGCUUCUCGUGGAGAUGACAAUGAAGCAGGUGCCACACUAGACAAUGCAAGGACUUACAAUUAUAAUUUGCGCAAGAAGCUAGCCAAAAAGAAGGGGACCCCCUAUAGGCCAAAGAUUGCGGUGAAGGCUUAUAUUUUUGCUUUAUUCAAUGAGAAUUUGAAGCCAGGGCCAACCUCCGAGAGGAACUUUGGAUUGUUUAAAGCUGAUGGAAGCAUUUCAUAUGACAUUGGAUUUACUGGCCUUGUGCCUUCUGCAGCACCCUCAUCUCUGCUCUCUUUCAAGGAAAUUGGAUCGUCAUGCACUCUGGUUUUUGCAAGCUGUGCUGCAAUUCUGCUACUGAUUUUUUAACGUCAUUAUUCCUCAAAGGGUUCGAAGGUUGUACCCCCCUUAUAUCUGUCAACGCUCUCAAUCAAGCUCGGGGAAGUUUGGGUUCUUGAAUUCAUAACAAUUGUUGUAACAACACAUGAUUCAUUCUAUUCUUUGUAUUAACACUCAUUAUUGAAACAAUAGUUGACUGAAAA